CUACACUUCAACCUCACAGCAUCAUCGUCGCUGUUGACAUCGCUGUCCCAACUCACACAUCGCGAUGGCCUCGUUAUUCACGCCAAUGCUCACACGAGGUGCUCCUCGAGCCAUUACCAGGGUCCAGAGAGCUCAAUGGCGAACUAUCAGCGCCAGCACGAGGAUGCAAAGCGACACACUCCAAGUGCAUCGCCAUACGCCUCAAAAUAACCCAAGCAUCCCCUUCAAGUUUUCACCGACGAACGAAAAGCUCAUCGAGGAGAUCCUCGCUCGCUAUCCCUCGCAAUACAAGAAGGCUGCCGUGAUGCCCUUGCUUGAUCUCGGGCAGCGCCAACAUGGUUUCACAAGUAUCAGUGUGAUGCACGAGGUUGCGCGAUUGCUAGAAAUGCCGCCCAUGCGCGUGUACGAGGUUGCAACGUUCUAUACGAUGUAUAACAGAGAUCCUGUGGGACGGUUCCAUGUGCAGUGCUGCACGACGACCCCGUGUAUGCUCCGCGACUCCGACGCCGUCAUGAAAGCCAUAUCCGAUGAACUUGGCAUUCACCACGGCCACACUACGGAGGAUGGCCUCUUCACAUUCACAGAGGUCGAAUGCUUGGGCGCCUGCGCAAACGCCCCUAUGAUCCAGAUCAACGACGAUUUCUACGAAGAUCUGACCUACGAGACAACGCGUGAUCUGCUAAAAGCUCUACGGGCCGCCGCACAACAAACAGGUGCAGACGGCGGUGCCGUAGGACUCGUGGGCGAGAAAGGCACAGGGGCCAUCACGGGCAUCGAUCCCAGGGUUCAAGCCGGAAAUGAAAUCGACACGCAGGGCAGGAAGUAUGCGGCCGGUGGCGUGACAGUGCCGACGCCGGGGCCCUUGAGCGGACGGAUGACGUGUGAGAAUUCGCAAGGAAUCACGAGCCUGACGGAUGUGCCAGAAUGGAAGGAGGGUGAUCCUCGUUUCCGCACGGAUGGUGCUCUGUAAGAGAUGACAAGCGGGCAGAAUUGGGGAUAUUGGUGUACAUAUAGUGCUUCUUAUGUCGCGUCUAGGUCCUUUUUGCGGGGUCCACGUAGGACGUCAAUGCAUGUUCAAAUUCUAAAAAAAAAAGGACUUUAUUUCGUCGUCUUCAA